AUGGGUGUCGUGGCAAAGCUGAGAUCGUGGUCCCACGAGCUCACCCCUUACUUCAUCUACAUUCUCCUGACCGCCACUCUGGGCCCGCUACUAUUUGGCUAUCAUCUGGCCGAACUCAACGCUCCCCAAGAUGUCAUCACCUGCGUCAAAAAAUCCAUCCGGUCAACGACGGCCAGCACGGCCCUGUCAAGCUCCGGCCUGCCACAGUGUAUCCCCAUGAACCCGACCCAGAUCGGUCUCGUAUCGUCCAUCUUCACUCUGGGCGGUCUGAUCGGAGCUCUGGCGGCGGGACCUCUGGCCGCGCGUUACGGCAGACUGGCAGCGAUGCGGGCCAACACUGUCUUCCUCGCUCUGGGUCCCGUUGCGGAGGCUUUGGCGCCCAACAUCGGCGUGCUGGCGGCCGGACGAUGCGUGUCCGGCUUGGGCGCGGGAGUCGCCGUGGUCGUGGUGCCCAUCUACAUCUCGGAGACGGCGCCACCCAAGGAGAAGGGCUUCUUUGGCGCCUUCACCCAGAUCAUGACCAACAUGGGCAUCUUCGUCACGCAGCUCCUGGGCUAUUUCCUCAGCCGCGACCAGCUGUGGCGCCUGAUCCUGGCCGUCGCCGGUGCGAUCGCACUCGUCCAGCUGGUCGGGCUGGUCUUCGCCGUCGACAGUCCCGCGUGGCAGGCGGACCACGGCGACGCGAGACGGGCCAAAGCGAAUCUCCGACGCAUCCGUGGGCCCAACGCCGAUAUCGACGAUGAGGUUGCUGCGUGGAGGGUGCAGCCGGGUGAUUCUCUGGGAUCUGAAGAAGAACAAACCCUCCUCGGCAACAACGAGCCGGACGGUCCUGGACCGCACGACGCGUCAACGACGAAAGACGAACACGAGCAACCGCUGGGCAUCGUGGGCGUCCUCCGGUCGCGGAAACACAGACCGGCGAUCCUGGCCGUCGUCACUGUCAUGCUGGCCCAGCAACUGUGCGGCAUCAACAGCAUUGUCAUGUACGGCGUGUCGCUGCUGGCCGACCUCCUGGCCGCCAAUUCCGCGCUGCUCAACAUCUUCGUGAGCCUGUUGAACGUGGUCGCCACGACCGGCUUCGCCCCGCUCGCCGACGUACUGGGCCGCAAACCCGUGCUCCUCGCCUCCAUCGGCGGCAUGGGCGUCUCGGCCGUCCUGCUGGCCGUCGGCAUCCGCGCCGCCAUCCCCGUCCUGUCCGCCGUCAGUGUGCUGCUGUUCGUCGCCGGCUUCGCCUUCGGCCUCGGCCCCGUGCCCUACAUCCUGGCGUCCGAACUCGUCGGCCCGGAGGCCGUCGGCGCCACCCAGUCCUGGGCUCUCGCCGCCAACUGGAUCUCCACCUUCCUUGUCGCCCAGUUCUUCCCUGUGGUCAAUGAACGCCUCGGUAAAGGAGUUGUGUAUUUCGUCUUUGCAGCUCUGGCCGCUGUUUUCUUCGUCUUCGUCUCGUGGUAUGUCCCGGAGACCAAGGGAAAGAAAGAUGCCGAUGAGGUCUGGGGUCGGGUUCCGCGACGAGAAGAUUGA